GGGGAGAGAACCCAGGAGUCCUGACUCCAGCUUUCUUCCCCUCGCAGCGGUGGCCAUGGCAGCCCCGGCGGGCUUGGAUGACGCUUUCCUCCGGAAGCUGCGGACCCGCUACGAAGCCCACGACCCCGUCACGGCCGCCGCCCGCCUCCAGGCCCUGGUGGAUUCGGUCAACACCCUGAAGGUCGACGUGGCUGUGGUGGGCCGCCGGGGCGCCGGGGUCACCACGCUGAUCCACGCCCUCGUGGGAGAACGCCCCGGCCUGGACAACGCCCAGGCCUUCUUCCAGCAGGCGCCGGAACCCCCGGGGCAGCCGGCCGGCUACACCCACCCCACCUACCCCAACCUGGCACUGUGGGAUCUCCCGGGCUUCCAGGAGCCGGAGAAGCCGGGCGACUACACGAAGCGGCUGGGGGACCUGGGGAAGUUCACCUGCCUGCUGCUGGUGGUGGCCGAGGGAAGCCCGGCAGAUCCCCACCUGCAGCUCCUCAAGGCCUUCCAGCAGAAGCGGAAGCCCUACUACGUGGUGCGCACCAAGGUGGACCUGGACUUGCACACGGCCAAGCGGCGGUUCCAGGCCCGGUACAGCUCGGCCGAGGCGCUGGCCCUGGCCCGGAACGGGGUGGCCGAGGUGCUGGCCAAGAACAGGCUGGAGCCCAACAGGGUUUUCCUGGUCUCGGCCCUGGAGACGGACAGGUACCAGUUCAGCCAGUUCCAGGACAAACUGGAGGAGGAGCUAAUCCAGCUGAAGAGGGCCCAGGACGGGGAGCUGGACGACCUGAGGGCUGUGAACACGAGGAAGACCCAAGAGCUGUACCAGGCCUGUGCCACGGGGGGACUGGCAGGGGUGCCUGCCAUCAUCCGCUCGGCGCUGGAAGAGCCCUCGCAGAUCCGGCUGGACGUGGCGGUGCUGGGGGAGGCUGGCUCGGGCAAGUCGGCGCUGGUGAACGCUCUGAGGGGGGUGGGCUGCGGGGAGCCAGAGGCAGCACCCACGGGGGUGACGGCCACCACCCAGAAAGCCACAGCUUACGCCCACCCCACCGUGCCUGGCCUGUAUCUGUGGGACUUGCCGGGAGUGGGGGUAACGGAGGAGGACGUGGGGCGGCUGGAUCUGUCCCGUUACGACUUCUUCCUGCUGACGGCCUCGGAGCGCUACCGCCACGCCCAGAGCCAGCUCGCCCGGGCCAUCAGCGCGGCCGGGAAGCGGUUCUUCUUCAUCAGGACCAAGGUGGAUGUGGACGCCCAGCCCGGCUCUGAGCCCGGCCCCGAGCCCGGCCCCUUGGAGGAGAUCCGGAGCAGCUGUGUGGAUGCCCUCCAGAAGGACGGCGUGGGCUCCCCCAGGGUCUUCCUCGUCUCCAGCCUUCUCCGCGAGGCCUACGACCUGCCGGCCCUCCGGGCGGCCCUGGAGAGCGAUGCCCCAGCCUUGAAGAGGGAGGCACUGGAGAAGGCCAUCCCCGUGGCCUUGAGCCGCCUGGUGAGGAGGAAGAGCAAGGCGCUGAUGAAGGACGUCUGGGGCAAGACCCUGAAUACCUGCCUGUACUACGCAGAGAAACCUGGCCCGGAUGUGGCCACCAGCCUCGUCGACACAAUCUCGGCUUUCUCCAUCGAGCUGGGCCUGGACGAGGAGUCCUUGGCCCAGGUGGCCAAAGCCACAGGGAAGCCGGCCGGGCUGCUCCAGGCCGAGAUCCGGAGCCCCUGGGUCAAGCGGCUGGACCCGGAGCAGGUGCUGAAGCAGAUAACUAAGCCAGCGCCCUUCUCCUCCCGAAUGUGGAACUUUGUGCCCUACUGGGGCCGCGGGGCCGAGGGGCAGCCCGAGAUCUCCCUGGAGGCCACCUACAGGCUGCUGACACAGGCCCUGGCAGAGAUGACGGAGGACGCAGAGCGGAUGCUGCACCAAGCCCAUGCCAAGGAGUAGGGGGAGGGGCUGUUUGUAGAGUGUUUCCUCCCCCAGCACGGAGAUGCAGCCCCCUCUGAGGCGGGCUCGGGGGCUGUGUAUGUGGUGCUGAAUUCCAGCCAGGGCGGCUGUGACACAGGGGUUGCUGCUGCAUUAGCGGAGUGUGGUUAUAUAGCUGUGGCAUUGCAUGGUUUUUUCCUGUGUCCCGCACUUGUCAGAAUAACGGGCGACCUGCCCGCCUAGGGGGCGCCCUGCUGAGCUCAGCGAGGCUGAUGUUCUAGCCAGGGACACACACACUGGGCCCUCCGCAGCGCAGACUUUGUAUUAGUUCUUUCUUGUCUGUUUUCCUUCAAUCAGAAAUAAAAGGGAGACCCGGACAGGA